GCGGGCGGGCGCGCGCGCGUGCGUGAGCGAGCGAGCGAGGGAGCGAGAGGGGUUUCGGGGCCGCUGCUCUUCCUGCCUGCCUUCGGUCGUGCUUCUUGGUGCUGCUCCUCCUCCUGCUGCCUCUGCUGCGGCCAUGAGCGGCUGGAACUGCUACAUCGACAGCCUGAUGGCCGACGACACGUGCCAGGACGCGGCCAUCGUCGGCUACAAGGACGUGCCCUCCGUCUGGGCCGCGGCCCCGGGAAAGACCUUCGCCAACAUCACGCCAGCGGAAGUGAACAUCCUGGUGGGGAAGGACCGGAGCAACCUGUUUGUGAAUGGCCUGACGCUGGGCGGGCUGAAGUGCUCCGUCAUCCGGGACAGCCUCCACACGGACGGGGAGAGCACCAUGGAUCUGAGGACGAAGAGCAGCGGUGGGGGCCCCACCUUCAACAUCACGGCUGCCAUGACCAACAAGACGAUAGUGCUGGUGAUGGGCAAAGAAGGGGUCCACGGGGGCUGCGUCAACAAGAAGUGCUACGAGAUGGCCAACCACCUGCGGCGGUCGCAGUAUUGACGAGCCCGCCUCGCCCCACCUGCGGUACUACUGAUGGAAUGGUGUAAGGAUGUCCGAGGUGGCGGCGGCUGCCCGGGGGCCCCGGCCUGACCAUCGUGGGACCGACCCCGGCGCCGGAUCGCCACAUAUUCCAACUCCCCGCCAACUCCCCCUCCCUGCUCACAGCCUUCCCUGGUUUCUACAGUUUUUUUUUCCUAAUUCUGUUCCUCCUUUUUCUUUUUGCCAUUUUGUUUUUCAAUCACAAAUCCUUAUUGCUGCUAAAUUUUCUGGUUGUUACAAGGUGUAGUUUUUUUGGUUAAGAAAACUAUAUUGGAACAAGAAAAAAAAUAAAAGAAAUUGAAUACUGAA